CUUGUGUCUCCUCCCCGCUCAGCCCCGUCCGGUGACCCAGAGAACCCAGGGAGGUAGAGUCAGUUACAGAAAACACAAGAAGUAAAACCUGCUAGUAGGACACGGGCCUGUAUGCUGCGGGUCAUAGGGAGUAUGUAAGAGCGCUCCGUACCGGGAGGAAAGGACUCCAGCAUGCAACCCCCGCCCCGCAAAGUCAAACUGACGCAGGAGUUGAAGCUGUGCUUGACAGAACAGGUGGCUAAACUUCAGAGUAAGCAUCAACAGGAGAGUGAACUCUUGGAAGACAUCAGAAAUUUUAUCAAGCAGAGGGCAGCUAUUGAGAAGGAAUAUGGACAGGCUCUACAGAGGCUGGCAUUACAGUAUCUGAAGAAGGACAUUCAGCGCCUCAAAGGUGAAAAUGAUAACAGGAGCAUAUAUGCAGUGUCAAAAAUGAUUAUUGAAAGUACAAAUGCAGCUGGUCAGGCUAGGGUGACGGCUUCAGAAAACUUCAGAAACCUGGGGGUUGAAAUUGUGAAGACAGUGCGGGUCAAAGGAGCAAAGACUUAA